AUGCAAGGCAACUACAAAGAACUUGAUGGGUAUGGGGGAAUGAUGCUGGAACUGAACUGGGCUGCAGACGGGAAGAGACUCGCCGGGUGGUCGGAGGCAGCUGGGAAGGUGCUGGUGUGGGACGUGACUCGCGGAGGAUGUCAGGAGCUGCGCGGCUUCGAAGGGAAGGUGGAGAAGCUCACCUGGGCUCCUGCAGGAAGGAUACUCGCCGGUUGGUCAGAGUCAGGAGGGAAGGUGAGGGUGUGGGACGUGACGAUAGGGGGCUGUCAGACACUUGACGGGCGUGCCAAAGGCAUCAGAGAGCUCAGCUGGGCACCAGAUGGGACGAGACUCGCCGGCUGGUCAUGGAAAGACGGGAAGGUGAGGGUGUGGGACGUGAGAACAGGGAGCUGCAAGGAACUCGAGGGUCCAAAGGAAGGGAUCCAUGAACUGAGCUGGGGGCCAGGUGGGACGAGACUUGCGGUGUGGUGCGAGUCAGACGGGAGGGUAAAGGUGUGGGACAUGGAGACAGGAGACUGCCAAGAGCUCGACGGGCGUGCCAAAGGCAUCAGAGAGCUCAGCUGGGCACCAGAUGGGACGAGACUCGCCGGCUGGUCAUGGACAGACGGGAAGGUGAGGGUGUGGGACGUGAGAACAGGGAGCGUCAAGGAACUCGAGGGUUGUCAAGGCACAGUGGGGACGUUGACCUGGGCUCCGAACAGCAAGAGACUGGCAGGCCUGUCAGUGUCAGACAAGAAGGCCAAGGUGUGGGACGUGACAACUGGCAGCCGGCAGGAGCUCCAGGGUCACGAGGGAUCGGUCAGUGAGCUGAGCUGGGCACCAGACGGCGAGAAACUUGCAGGAUGGUCG